GGCGACCCGAGGAGUCUGCAAGACUGCUUGCGAGAUAUGGUCGCGACUGGUACGAUGGGCCUCGACAAGAAAUCAACGUUCGUCAAGCAAUGGCAAUUGAACGCAUUCCCGCCAGAGAUAAAGUGCCACCAGGACCACAUACCAUGGCAGCCAGGUUUCUUCGUCAUUCACUUCGCCGGCGCAUGGGCGCAUGUGGACGAACCAGACCCGACGGGUUUGCUGAUGCGGAAGUAUGCUCCAUAUGCGGUCUAGGAGGCUGUACUGUUGUUCUGUUCUGCAGCACAACUGGUAGACUCGUCACAGCACAGCGGAGCGCGAACGUCUGGUAGCGUGCCUCCCAAUUCCGAUGGAGCAGAUUGAGUCCCUCCGAACGAGAUGCUUCGGCGCUUUUUUGCAGCCCGG